AAAAAAUUGAUUUUUCAUAUCGAAAGUGGGUCGAUUUCAUCAUGCGUAUUGAUAUUUUCUCGAGGUGCGUCUGAAAGUAGUGCUUUUAUAAGAUCUCGUCAUAUCUCGUUGCCUACGUGACCUUGAAAUCACUGAAGAUACGGUACUGAAACAGCCAGAAGCACGUGUGUAAAGAAGAUUUUGAGAAAACACUGCGAUUUAUUGAUUUGACAUUCAUUACAUCAUACAAACAUUAAUGCAACAUUCGACCACAAAUUAUAAAGAUAAUAGAGUCAUUGUGGAAGAUAGAUGAAUAAUGGCAAACUUAAAGGUGAUUGUUGGAUGUUCAGUUUCAUUCUUCGGCUUAUUAUGGUUAUUUCUGUGGAAGAAGUCACCAAAGCAGAAACCUCCAUCUGAAUCAAAAAAGAAAGGGGAAGGUGAUACCGAGAUCGAAGAUACACAAAGACUUUCCGGCGUCGGUUCUAAAAACAAUCUGCCUGAUGUUGUUCACCAAAGUGCAGAAUCAGAGUCUCCAGCAACUGAACCAGAAGUUGUUUUGGAAAAGACACUGACAAUUGAGAAAGUGCUACAGACAGAGAGUUGUAAAUUAGGAAAUAGUUACAGUUCUGACACCCAAAAUGCAGACUUCAAACAGAACUGUUUGGAGGCACAGAUCAUACAAGAUGAGGUUCUAUCAUCCUCUACCAUUCCGGUCACACAUUCAGAUAUCAAGACAGAUUCCUCGGGGUAUGACAUGAACUGCAACGGAGAUACAACUGGGUUUUCAACAUCAGAAUAUAAUUCUACACAGAUAGCCGGAAGUGACAAUAACCAGCAUGAAAAUACUGCCAUGAAUGAGGCUUUCAUUACAUCAGAUCUUGGAGACAGCAUAAUGGAUAAGACUUGUGAAAAAGCGAUUGAUUCUUCACAUGAUGUUUCUCUUUCUACCUCAACUUUUGCUGAACCACUGCUAGAAUCAACAAAACUAGACAUGACAUCCUGUGAAAAUGAGCAAAGCAUGAAGAUAGAAUGUUCUGUGCCUUUGUCUGCAGAAAAUGUUUCACUCCACAAAAAACACCUGAAUGGUAAAAAAGUCCAUAAUCAGGAAAAAGACAAAAAUGAUUCUAUGAAAAACAGCCAAGUUUCAGAAUCGGACUCCGUUGUGAAUCAUAUGAACAGUAACCACGAUGAUCAGAUGACAAAUAGUUGGUCUUCUGAGGUCGAGAGUUGUGAUAAUAUGGAUAAACAGACAGACAUUGAACAAUAUAGGGGAGAUAACUCAAAUCCAGUGAACUCGUCGGACACUGUUGGUCGAACACCAUCCAAGACUGAAAGUGAAACUAGUGCUCACGGGUCUGACUCCAACACCUCAAACUGUGAUAGUGUUUCAAGUACUUGUAGUAGUCGAGCCUCAAGUAUAGUUGAUGGUCCAAAUAAGUCAAGUGGUUCCAAAAAAGAGUCCUACGAGUUCAACUUUCCAACACAGUUUUGUGGACGUUUGAUUGGCAAACAUGGGAAAAACAUCCAACAGCUAAAGGAACGGUCUGGAGCCAACAUAUCUCUGAGUAAUCACCCGUACACACCAGACUUCCAGAUCUGUCUCGUUGAAGGUACCCAGAAGCAGAUAGAUGAUGCACUGAAAAUAAUAGGUAGGAAAUUUCCUGAGGUGGACCUGACAUCAAUCGGAGCAGAAGCAGAGAGCGAGUCUGAACCCAGCACCAAUGGAAAACCCUUGUUGAUGCCAGAUAUCAUGCAGCUCAACCUGCCCGAGGGCGUCUCCAUUGACGUGGUGGUUUCCAGCAUUGUAGACGCAGGGCAUGUGUUUGUACAACAGCACACUCAUCCUUCCUUCCCCUCUUUGGAGCGACUUAACCAGUUCAUGAUCGCAUGUUACACACAGGAUGGCAUAGUACCACAACUUCCUCGGCCCCUGGAGGUUGGAGUGAUAUGUUCUGCACCAAUGCUGAAUGGAUGGUAUAGAGCCCAGAUCACUGCUGUGUAUGAUGAUACAGAUGAAUGUGAUAUCAAAUAUGUUGAUUACGGGGGAUUCUCGCGUGUCCCAGGCUGCACACUCCGACAAAUCAGGAGUGACUUCAUGACAUUGCCUUUCCAAGCUGUUGAAUGCUACAUGGCAAACAUCACACCUAUCCAAGAUGAGGAAUACUUCAGCUCAGAAGCUGCUGCCACACUUGAAGAGCUCACACAAGGGAAGCUACUCCAAGCACAGAUUGUUGGUCGUAAUGAGGAUGGAACUCCUUAUAUCCACAUUUAUCAAAUAGCAGGAGAGAAGGUAUUAUUUGUGAAUAGAGAACUAGUAAACAGGGGAGUUACCCGCUGGAUGGAACUGAUGUCAUGAGGCCCCUCCCGUCAGUGACUAUAAACUUAUCCUAAAGCCAGCACCCUUGCUUCAUGUGGUGUCAAAGACAUGUUAACAAAGCCUCUCGCUCCUUCCCAGCAGUUUUACACGACUGAGGUGACAUGGAUUCUUCAUGGCUUUUUGUUCUUCAAAAUGUCUGCUGAUAUUGUCUUCACAUGUUCCUUCAGUCCUUUGAUGACAUCAUUGGAGCCUAAUAUUUGGUACUAUUUGUUUGAGUGUUUUCCAUUAGAUUUGCAUUGUUGUCAAUGCAAAGAUGGAUGGAUGGGCACUGAACAAGAUGAAAGUGGAUUGUCUUUGAGUAAUUGCUGUAAGGUAAAAACCAUUGUUACUGGAGAGUACUGGGUGUUUAAUAUAUCGAUCAAUGUCAAGUCUGCCAUGCAUAGAUAUUUAUUAUUUAUUACACUAAAAAGGCUAGACCAAUUCUAGGCUUCCAAUUUCCAGCUUAAUGUGAUUAUUUUUAUGAGUCUUUGUCUGGAGAGAUAGACCACUGUCAGUGUCUACCGUUGGAUUAUGUUCUUCCAGCUGACUGGAAGUGUCACAGAUAGAUGCAAUACAUGUAGCCAUGGAAGUUGGCAGUGUCAAGAUAUACCUGCCCAUGUAGAAGAAUUUUGCAUCGAUCCUUAUUAUUCCACUUCACUGGAGUCGCCCACCCUCAUCCAAUAGCCAACGCAUUGUGCACAAUGGAAAGGAAAGUGAAGUUCAUAGUCAGAUGUAUAUGUAUAUUGCAUUUGACAGGUUUCAACAGGCUUGUUGCCUUGUAGAAUGUCCAAUGAAUUUGUCUCAGUACACCAUAGUUAGGUCUAAAGCUUCAAAAACUGAAGUACUACACACAUUCUGCCUAUAAUGAAAAUAACCUCAGACAUUUCACUUAAUGCAUUUAUAUUCGAAAUCAGUAUAUUUCAACAUACUUUAUCACCAUAAGCAAGUAGAAAUUUUGUUUUAUUAAGUUCUCUUGAAUGGAUCUUUAGUUUUUGUUUACUAAAGGAUUUUAAUUACUAGUAAAAAAAUGCUAGGAGUUAAUCCAGAGAUAAGAUAGGAUAGAUACACUAAAACUCAUAUAGUUUUUACCUCAGUCGUCUAUACAAAUACAUGUAUUACCCGGUAAACUUAUAAAUGCUCCCAUCAACCGUUAAGUUAUGCGUGUUCCUUAAUACUCUAUCAUGAUCAUUUCUGCACACUGCUUUAGCAUUUUCUAAUUUAUAUGACCGAAGAACUUCGGAGGAAUGGAGCCGACGUCUGGUAAAAAUUGGUGGGUGUUGAGUUGGUUACUUCACUGUGAGUACGGAAAGCAGAAGGCAUGCAGAGCAAGUAAAAAUAAAAAGCUUGAUGUGAUGAAAAAAUACAGCAGAAAUUGUUUAAUAACAAUUAUAUAACAGUUUCAAUCCUGUAUAUUGAACUCCAUAAGUAAUCGUAAAUAUGGAUUCUGAUGAAAAAGGUUACCUGUCUCAAUUGACACUAGCUCUUGUCUCCUGAAGCUUUUGCAUUUAAUUCUAAUAUAGAUUGAAGGAUCACUUCCCGCAGUUUGAAGGAUCUUUUGAUGUGAAUUUUGAGAAUGGGCAUUUUAUGAGUACAAACUGUAGAGGAAGUCACAUUUUUUUAUUUUUUGCUUGUUAUUUCAAUCAUCAUGCAAUAUCAAUUUUGUAUCGGUAAUAAUGAGCUAUACAUUAUGUAUGUUGUGUCCGAUAUAUAGAUGUAUCAAUGUCCCUAGUUAAGGUAUUACAAAUUUAGUGUUGAUCAGCGACAACCAAUCUAUUUUUCAAUUAGUGUGUUAACUAUUUUUCUAGAAUCUAAUUUCAGAUAAUCCUGGUUAAAAAGUAUUAUAAUACCAAUUGCUAUAUUUACUGGGGAAAUGUUUAUUGUAUUAUAUUACAUGUGUAUUUCAGUUGAAAUCAUGUACUUAAAUUUGUUUUCAUUGAAAAUCAAAUUCAUGAAGAAGACCUAUUGAAAGAUUGUAAAGACAAAUGUCAAUGAAGUACUGGCAAUGAACUUUUUUUUUUUUUUUUUACCAUGGCUUUAUAGAUCAAAUGAAUUUGAAGUCUUUGAUAUUUACAGUUUCCAAGUGCAUAAUAUUUUAAGUUCUACAGGUUUUUAGCUUGACUUGAAUUGAAAUAAUUCCUAAUGUAUCUUUAUUUAGGUUGGGAGGGAUGGCUUGUAUGGUCAUAUCAUUAUCACAUUUAAUGAUGGGUGAAAAUAGUGGUAUACUGUGUAUGUAAAAUGUCGAUUGAAAUAAACUACUCCAACCCAUAAUGAAAAUAACUGCCCAUGCUUGAUCUCUCGUGUGUUCUAACAAAACAGUUCAGUAUUAAGCAUUAUGAAACACAUCCAAUUCAAACAAUCAAGUUACAUUAUCUUAAUAUGAUGAUAAAUAAUGGGUGGAGAUGAUAAAAAUGAGGAUCCAAGUACGACAAUGUCACCAUAAUCAAAGACCAGUCGUCUCUGCUCCUUGUUACAUCUAUUAUGUAAUAAUUGCUAUCCUAUUAAAUCAUUAACUACACAUGUUCAGUUAUAUGUUGCCGGGCUCUUAUGCUGCCUUUGUAUGUAUGUUUGGCCAAAUUGUGUCCCAAGUGAAAUAUUUAAUUUGUAUUCACUUGUAAAUUAUAAUUUUAUACCGUAGAUUUUACUUCUCACAGAAAAUCGUUUUUUCACUUUCAGUUUUUGCUUUGAUAGAUAAUUCUGUUCAAGAACUUUGGAAAAUCAGAACCAUAUGCCAUAAAAUGUACCCUUCUAAUGAAAGGUAGUUAGUACUGAUACUGGUACAGAGCAUUAAACAACACUAGAUGCCAAUUGAAAAUAACUGACAAACAACUGAUUAGGACAUAAUCAUUUAAUAACGAUGUAUAACAUGAACAAUGAACUUGCAAUUUAUUGAACUUCAGAAGCCAUCCUUAAAUAACCAUUGUUAGCUAUAUAAUUAUAUACAUGUUACACAGCACAGAACCAAUUCAUACUUCAGUAUUAGUUUAUACAGCUCUUAUCUGUGUGCCGAUACCAAGAUAUCUAUCGUUAUGCCAUUGGAGAUAUUAAACUUUGAUUGCCAUCAAUGAAAACUAGUCUAUAAAAUUGGCCAUAUUUAUGAUCUCAAACAUCAUUACCCUAUAUCCAUCGCUUGAUCACACAAUGAAAAUUAAUUUAAUCUUCCAUUCAAAGUCAAAGGAAGUGAUAUGAUCUUGUAGUGUUAAAUACCAAAUUAAAAAAUCCUGCUGAACUAUAAAUAUACCAAUAGCUAUGGAACCUGCCUCAGUUUCAUCAAUGUUCCAUACUGGAGGCAAUUCCUUAACUUGAAAAAUAUUUUUUCCAUUUGGAAAAUAUUGCUGUGAUGAGAUAAAAGAAUGCUUUUGGAAAAUAUAUAUUUCAAAUCUUUAAGGUUAUCUGAUAAAGUUUAAUAUACAUGUUAAUUGAAAAUAGCUUUGUAUAGCACAUAUAAAACAAAAUUAUAAUAUAUAGACUACUUCAUAUUUGAUUUUUAAUAGUGCUUUAAAUUGUGAUAUUUUUAAUUAUUUGAUAUGAAGUAAAUUGUUAGAAAUAGUUUUGCAACAAAUAACUAGAGCUUUGAAGACUAUAUAUGACUAUAUAUGGAUUAUGUCCCUUUAUGAUAGUUUUGUCAGGUGCUUGUUUUGACAUCUGCUUGUCUGGGAGCCAGGCCAAUACUAAUACUGUUCAUGAACUAUUUAUUUUCUUGUUUAUAUACUUUAUACCUUUCAAAUUAUGGUUUAAUCAUUGGUCCUGUAUUUGUAUGCUGGAUAACACAAGGGUUUUACAUUUGCAAAACAGGAAUCAAAGAUAGAUUACAAAUGAAUAAUCCUUAAACUUUGAAAGUUAAUAUUUGAAGAAUGAGCCUGUUGGAGAAAUUUAUCCUAGUAUUUAUCCUUUCAGCAUAAGCAAUUAGAUUUAAAAAGAUUCCCAUACAGAUCAGGGAUAAAUAUGCUACAUCAAUAGCAAAUAGAUAAUGUCCUUUUAGUACUGGAAAAUCUUUUGUAUUUAUAGUACAGACAGCCUAUUUCUGUGGAUACAUGUCUCCUACCAAAGAUCAAUUUUAGUAUUUUCAUUUUCUCACUCGGGUUUCUUUUGUGGUUUCUGUUCAUGUGACAUUGUUUUCAAUCCAUCAAAUACCAUAGAAAUACCUGGUGCUUUAUUUAUUACUAGAGUGCACUCCAUCUUGUCUCAGCUUCCAUGUAAUUACAGUUCAGUAUCACACAUAUCUUACAAAAAAUACCAUUGUUUUGUGUUAUAUCGUGCACCAAGAACCAGAUAGGAACUCUUUUUUGCUCAGCUCUGCCCUGUCCUGCCCUGCCUUGCCCAGUCAAUCACCUGUAGCUGUUUGGUCCCCCAGUUGGUAAUUAGGAAAAAGAAAUGUCGCGGGUAUCCCAAUGGUCAAGUAGUUGCAUUUCCUCAUUAAUGUUACAGGUUUACAUGAGAUACCUAAGUUAACAUUGAGAAAGUGACUGUUUAUCGGCAAACCAGCGGCCUCUUAUGUUACUCAAGUUGCAUAGUUUUAUUUCAUCCCAAAAAGUUUUAAGAAAGUAAAAUGUAUUAGUUGAUAUUUAAUUUUCGAUCUCAAUUGAUUAUUAUGUAAUGAAGUGUAUGGAUCUGUUUUACACAAUUGGUUUUUGUGCAUGUAAGGAAUCUACAUUGUGUUUAUUAAGCACUAAUCAUAAGUAUGUUGCUGAUGUAUUUUGUUUACUAAUGAUUAGUCCAAUCAUCUAUUCAUACAUCUAAUCUUGUGCUACAUUUGUUUGAACGUCUUACAACAUUUUAAGUAUAAAACAGAGAUAAAAAAAAACAACAGAAAUGUUCAGAUCUUUAUACCUGGUGAGCGAAACCAGAUAUUUCAAAUUGAUGAAAACCUGAAACAUAUUAUUCUGUGGCAGGUCGCUGUAACAAAGAUCCCAAUAUUUGACUUAAGAGAUUGUGUUAGAUGAUGUAUUGUCAGCCAUAGAGAACAUUAAAUGUUCUGAAUUGGAGAGGUGUUAAUAUAUACCACGACUUAAUGAAGUAAUCUUAAUGUCUUUCAUUUACUCCAGCUGUUUUUUCCAAUUUUGUUAACUUAUCUUAGUAUGUUGGAAUAGUUCAAGCCUUUUUGUUUAUAAAGGUUAUAACUGUUGGUUAUGUACAGCAGAUUAAUGGGCGAGUUCACUAUUGAUGUACAGUGUAUGAGGGUUACUUGACUGUCGGUUAUGUACAGCAGAUUAAUGGGCGAGUUCACUAUUGAUGUACAGUGUACGAGGGUUACUUAACUGUCGGUUAUGUACAGCAGAUUAAUGGGCAAGUUCACUAUUGAUGUAAAGGGUAUGAGGGUUACUUGACUGUCGGUUAUGUACAGCAGAUUAACUAUUUACUAUUGAUGUCCAGAUAUGUACAGUUCAGUUCAUUUAUUAACUUUUGUACAGAAGAUGAAUUAGUGGGAUGGGGGUUUUAGAGUUAAUCUAGCUGUAUGAUAAUUUUAUCUAGCACAGGAAUUUCGUCUGUAUCCAACAUUGUCCCAACAUACAAAUCUGUUGAAUUUCAGUUAAAAUAUCAUCCUCGAUUCUCCAGAGUUACGUUCACUGCCACUCUACUUCCUUGGAAUGUGUCAUUGUGUCAUACCUAGCUAUUAGAUGUGUGCCAGGGAGAAAAAGUGCACUGGAUUUUAAUAGUAACAGUAACCCCAAAGAUUUGUUAUGAUGUACAUCUUGGGAUCAUUUUGGAUGGGGGGGGGGGGGGGGGGCAUUGGCCCACAAUUCUCCUGAAUGACCCACUUUAUUCAGAAAAAUCCUUUGAAUUUCUAUAAAUGGCCCAUAGAUUAUAUUACAGAUAGUUCUUUUUCUUAAAGAUGACCUAUCCAUUUGGUGACCCAAAAUAAUCCCUGUACAUCAGUUAUUUCUUUUACAUGCAAUAAGCCACCUCCUUACUUCAGUGUCAAAGUUUAGGUGUUGGCCGUCUCAGGUUAUUACAGGAUAAUUGUAAUUAUUUUAGUUUGCCUUACAAAAUCCAUGUUCUUGUAUUAUCGAAUCAGAUGGAAACAAAGACUGGAUGACUUCAUACUAUAAACCUAUUUGAACAAAGUGGUGCAUUUUUGUUAGGAAUAAAUUUGUAUGAGUGAGUUUGCUGAAUGUUUUGUAGUUAGUUUUGGUAGGUGUUAAUAUAUAUUAAUUUAUGGAUGGCUAUACCACAUCAACCACUGUUAUAAAAGUGGAUGUUAUCAAUUUGAGCCUGGAGUUUGGUUUGAUUUAUUAUUACUGCUUAGUUUUAAUAGUAAAAAAUGAUGGUACAAGAGUAGCCAUAAUAGAAACAAUCAUUUACAAAUUUUGUUAUCAAAUUUUUGUAAAAUAUACAAAUUUUUUUAUUUUUUUUUUUUAUUUUAAAGACCGAUACCAUUGAACAAAAUAUAAAUUGAAGAAAAAUUGUCAGAGAUAUGUACACCAUAUUUACUAAUGUUUAUACAGGGGAUUGAAUGUGUCUGUAUGAUUGAAAUACAUACCUGUAAGUGGUAUGUAAUGAUUUUUAACUUGCGUUGUGUUCUGUUAUCAUAAAUGGAAUAUUUUGAUGUUGCUAUAUAAUUUUUGGAGCCAUAUAGACAGUUGACUGGUUAGACAGGCUGCUUGUUAAGAAUACCAAAAUAUAUUGAUUUAUGAUAGAGGGUAACUUGAUUACAGGGUCAACUACUGGUUUGAUUUGGUGUUUUUUAAGAAUUGAUAUAUAAUAUUGAUGUCUGGUUGAUUUGUUUUGUCUCGAGUUGAAAGCUAUAGAGAACUUGGUGAUUUCUUUCUGCAAUUUAUGAACUAUUCUUAUAUAUUUUUAGGUCGUCUGUCUUGGUUUAUAUUUUGAUGCACCUAAGGAAAAAACUAAACUAAAACAGAUAAGCAGAAUAGUGAAUUAGCACACCAACAUUGAUUGCCAUUGUAGAUAAACUUCAAUUAAAUCAAUCAUAAUUUAGCUGAAUGCUUCUUGCAUGGAAAACGCUAAAUUAUGUACACCUACAGUACUGUCCAACUUUUCUUUUCAAAAUCAUUGUCGAACUUUACCUCAUAUCUGUUUUGAAAAAAAAAUGAAUUGUUGAAAAAAGGCAGAAUCCAACAAUUAGCCCAAGUUUCCUCACACCUUAACCACAGGGGCAUGUCUAGUCUUAUAUUAAAAAAUAGCCAGAAAUACCUAUACCUGUAUAUCAUUAUAUAUAGGUAUUUCUGGCUAUUUUUUAAUAAAAGACUAGACAUGCCCCUGUGCCCUAACACUAAAUGUUCAACAUUUUGAUGGUCCGGACAUGUACAGACAUUUAUUUGUCCAAAUAUCUGAACGUCUGAUGUUAGCGUCAGAGGUAACACUGGCUGUCUUUGAUGUUGCCAUACUUCAUUUCUUUAAUAAAAAAAUGAUUUGAUGUUAAAAUAUAGUUCAAGACUUAUAUGGUUGUGCUCCGUUUUUAUUUCUGUUGCACAUGAUUUAUAGAUUGAUGAAUGUUUAAUCCAAGGUUACAUUGUCACAUAUGAACCCAGUGGAUAAACUUUGGUUCUGUAUGGCAUGAAAUGUUUUUGAGUACUUUCUUUCAUGGUUGGAGCUUUCAUAUUAUUUUGUGGGUACAAACUGUGGUUAGUCCAUGUUGUUACAAAGAUAUAACAAUAUUAAAUGCAUUUGUUGUAUUUAUAUUUGUGGUUUCACAUCCACAAAAACAAUGAAAGUUUAUACACAACAAACAUAACACGUCAUACAGUAUAUAACAACCAGCAUUGGAAUUUCAUAUGCCAAAGUCUAUUCACAUUCAAACUUGACAACCUGAAGAAAGGGAUUCUUAAAACUCAAUACAUGUAUACGAUAAUGUGUCCCCUGCUACAAACUAUUACACCAUUAUUUUUUAUAUUAGGAUUUUGUUUCACAACCAAUGGAUGUUUAAAUGUGACGUUUCGGUGACUAGUACGGUGUGUACACUGUCACUUUCAUCAGACAAAUGUCCAGGGCAACAUGGGUAUACAAAGGUGAAAAACGUGUACGAGUUAUCUUUGAAAUUCGAAGAUCAGUAUCGAUUUCAGCUAUACUUUCGUGUUGCAAUACUAUGCUGUAGUAUUGUAAUUGGACAGAAAAGACUCAAUUCUCAAAACGUCACAUAUAAACAUUCAUGAUCAUUGUCUAACAAAAUCCUUAUAUAAACCAUACUUUCCGACCUGAAGAAAUUUUUUAGAAAUUCCACUGUCGCCCCCUGUGAAAUUGCUGCGUUUUGUGUAUUGUGUCUCAGGAAUACCAGUGCUGUCAAUAUAACAGGCCAUUCAUAUAAUACUAGAUUAAUAGUGCUGUACAAACCAGAGAGGACCUUUUUAAUAUAUAUUUUUUCAGAACCAUGGAUGUACAUAGAACAGAAUCAUUUACUUUGUAUGUCUUCGGGUUCUUUAUAUCACUUGUCAAGUUGAUAGUAUAGAGAUUUUAAAAUCUCAGUUUUAAUAAAUUUUGUUUGAAUGUCUCUA